CAGCUCCGCCCACACCCAAGUUCCUUCCAAAGAUGAUCUCACAAUUCCAUCUAGGCCAGGGCAUUUGUCUGCCGAUGUUUUUUCCCAAACCAUAUGCGGACCCGAGUCACUGCAGUCUGCACUCCCUGGAUGUCCGCCAAGCGUUGGCGUUCUACUUGGAGCGCACCAAGCCCUUUUGUAAAUCCACACAGCUGUUCAUGGCCGUGGCGGAAAGGAUGAGAGGCCUCCUGGUGUUGGCGCAGCGAAUCUCCUCCUGGAUUACAGACUGCAUUCAGGCGUGUUAUGACCUCGCAGGUGUUCCGGCCCCAGCAGUCACGGCCUACUAGACCAGGGCGCAAGCAGCUUCAGGGGCUUUCCAGGCACAGGUCCCGGUCCAGGAGAUCUGCAGAGCAGCCACCUGGUUGUCGGUGCAUACCUUUACGACCCACUACGCGGUCAACCAACAGGCCCGAGAGGCGGUCCUCCGAUCAAUUGCUCCAUGACUCCUACCCUCCUCCGAAGGUUAUUGCUCAUGAAAUCUGUCAUAGCUGGACAGGAAACUUGGUAACAAACAAAACAUGGGAGCAUUCUUGGCUAAAGGAAGGACACACUGUUUACUUGGAACGUAGAAUUGGUGGACGGCUGUUUGGUGAACCGUUCAGGCACUUCCAAGCUUUGGGAGGCUGGAGAGAAUUGCAAAAUACGAUAAAUACGCUUGGAGACACAAGCCCUUUCACUAACCUGAUCCCUAAGCUGAAUGAAGUAGACCCUGAUGUUGCACAUUCUUCUGUUCCAUAUGAGAAAGGCUUUGCUUUGCUUUUCCACCUUGAACAGCUUCUUGGAGGACCAGAUGUCUUCAUUGGCUUCUUGAAGGCUUAUAUUCAGCAGUUUGCCUAUAAGAGUGCUGUGACUGAAGAUUGGAAGAAGUUCUUGUAUUCCUACUUCAAGGAUAAGGUGGAUGUUCUCAACAAAGUUGACUGGAAUGCAUGGAUGCACACCCCUGGCAUGCCACCAGUAAAACCAACGGCAAAGAAAGUGAUUUGUGCUCAUUCGGCUCAGCAGAUCUAAAGGAUUUGUCAUCCCAUCAGUUGAUUGAGUUCCUGACACUGUUGCUACUGGAGGUAAAUGCAGGCAAAUGCAGGCUAGGAGUAGUUUGACGUCCUAAGAAUGCAACCAAAGGCACAAAUGUAUUUUGUAAAACGAGGCCGCAUGUAUGUUGCCCAACACUUUUGAACAUCCUUAUUCAUCCUACUUAAAAACAUUUGCUGUUCUUUGGGAAAGAGGCUAAGAGACCUCCAACACCCAGUCUGUCUUGAUUCUU